AUGACAUCUCAAAAUAGAUACGUAGAGGUAUUCAAUGGCAUCUAUUCGGCGGAUAUAACUAAUCCUUCUAAGUUAUUAUUUCAAAUUGUAAUAUUACAAAGUUUUUAUUAUAUAACGGCCUUAGUGAUAUUUUAUUUAAUUUCCUCAUUAAACGGAUAUGACUUCAAAAUAGAUUGGAUAUUCCUGUGGGAGUUGAUAGCACUGGACAAUGCAAUGGGAUUGAUUCUUUUUGCAUUAUGGUUAUUUGAUUCAUUGUUAUGCGUGUUGUUUGUCACGAUUGUGGUUGGGAGAUCAAAGUUGGCAUGGGAUUUUGCCAUUACCAUUCAUAUAAUAAAUUUAAUUGUUGUGUGGUUAUAUACUGGUAAGUUCCCAACAUCAACUUUGUGGUGGUGCUUACAAGUGCUAAGUGCUGUAUUAUUGGUUACUUUGUCCACAUAUCUGACUAGAUGGAAAGAGUUACGAACUACUUUUUUUGAUAAUAUGUUAGAUCAACAAGAAUUAGGUGAAGUGGAUCAUUCGAAUAGUCAGGAUAUAGAAAUGCUGAAUUUACCAGCCGAGGCUUCACUGUCGAGUAAAUAA